AGAUUAGUUGGAUUUGUCUCGUCUCUCCGUUUAUUAAUGAGGAGUGUAAAAUUGGUCCCAUAGUUAUAACAACUCGGCGUGGUCGAUGAGAUUAGUUGGGAUUUGUCUCGUCUCGUCUUGUAUGAUGGAAAGCAUGGGCCCAUUAGCGGAGAGAGGGAGAAGCAAGUCAAAGCAAGCAUUGCUGCUGUGGGUGGACGGCGUAAGAGAGGCUUGCUGUCUCCACCGUGUGAUCAUCUACUCUCUCAGGUCAAAACAGCUUGCCAUCCGUACGGGUCAGUGUUUUUUGUUGAAUGGAUUCAUCUUCUUAGGAAGUAUCUUUGUUCUGAAAUCAGUUAUCAUCCCUGCAUUGGAAUGGAUAUUACCUGGUCAUUGCCGACAAAUCAAUUCACGACAGUCAUGUUCAUUUAGCAGUAUUUUGGAGCUCUAUCGAUUCUUACGUGUUGGACUCGUACAACUUUUUUAUGUUUUCUGGUUUUACCCAUUGUACAUAUUCAGCCUUAUUCUCAGCAAUAUCUGGUACAAUGAUAUUGCUAAAUAUGGGUUUUUUGCUUUGGAGAAUUAUGGGGCUCAUGAUACAAAGUUAUCUGAUCAAAAGGAAUCCCAAACUUUGCAAAACACAGUUCAUAGGGAAUAUUCAACUGAUCUUGAAGGGGUUAUGAUUAGUAUAGCAGAACAGCUUUAUUCGGUCCUCUUGCUGACUUUCUUCUUCAUGGAGGUUUAUGUUACUGGAUUUAUCCCCUACAUGGGGAAAGCUCUAAAUUUUAUGCUUCUGUCGUGGUUGUAUGCAUACUAUUGUUUCGAGUAUAAGUGGAAUCUGUCUGGACUAAGCUUAGACAAGAGGCUGGAUUUCUUUGAAACAAACUGGGCAUUUUUUGCUGGUUUUGGAAAUCCAUGUGUCCUGGCAAUAUUUCUAUUCUCUCCACUAGUGAGCUGUGGGGCUAUGGCUAUAUUGUUUCCACUGUUUGUUUUGACCGCAACAGGCUCAGAAGCUGACAAAAUUGUUGCCUUACCUAGAAGAAAAUGGAGAGGUGCUGGAUUGGGAAGGAUACCAAUAUUUUUCAUUGCCGAUUACAUGUCGACUUUUUAUGACAUGGUGGAAAGUUCGAAAAGCUAUAUAAGGAGGAUGGUGCUGAGCAAAGGAGGUCUUUUUUGGUUAUGCAGAAGGUUGAAAGAAGCUACUGCCAUAAAGGGGAGAAGCUUUAAAUCUUGGAGGGGUAGAGAUAUCUCUAACUGUUCUUUAAAGUUCCUACAAAUGUGGCAGAUUCAUUUCGGUUAUUACGGUUAAUGGCUAAACAAGAGCAGUCAUCAUCAUUCCAGAAAACAAAUUUAAUGAAGGUUGGAGUGGUCGCGUGACUAGAAUUGGAAACUUCAUUAAUGGAGAUACAAGAGUACAAGGUGCAAUAAAUACUACGAGAGAUGUUUCAUCUCAGUACAUUAAGGGAGAGGAGGAGCUUCAAAGAAUCCUUGCAUAAAAGUUAAAGGACUCAGAGAAAGUCUGAAAUAGACAUGGAGCAGUUGACCCUAAAAGCAGCCUAAAAAAUAGAGGAGAAUGAUCUUCUCAAUAGAUGCCUGGUCGGAUGCUUCCCUAAGUGCAACGAGAUAUCCAUUCGGAAUGACGUGAGAAAAUGGGCUUAAUAGAUGUGGAAAGGGGCUCAAAAUAUUCAGGUCUAUGAUAUGAAUGGAGUCCAAUUCUUGUUCGAAUUCCAAUCCAGAAAAGUUGAGCAUAUCCUGUUGGGGGAAUGGAGAAGACAAGAAAGAAAGCUUCUGUUAGAAUGGUGGUCUCCAAAGGUAGGUGCUUAUCCAAAUCACAAAACUUUCGACUGGUUUUGGAUUAGGAUUUUAGGGCUUCCAUUGCACUUAUGGUUGGAAAAAGUGAUGAAGGAUAUUGGGAAAAAUGCGGCGGUUGGAUCGAAAACGAGGAGGAAAUUGAACUCAAAAAUCAUCUUAGAUGGGCAAAAAUUCGAGUUCAAGGACCCAAAGAGCAGAUCCUUCUGUAGUCAAAGUUGAUAAAGAUUUACUUUCUCGUUGCCCUCAAUUUAUGUGAUAUCGUUUGACUUGAAAUAAAGGUUUAAAAAAUGAAGACUCUUAUGAUUUGUAACACUCUUUGACUAUUUGUGUGACUAUAAAUAAUUUCAUUAUCGAUAGAAAGGGC